AUGAAGCCCGCCUCCAGCAAACACUUCUGCUGCACCAUCUGUCAGCGGGGGUUCACCCGCAUUGAUCACUUGAAACGUCAUCAUCUCCGCCACUCCGGCAUCAAGCCAUACUCCUGCAUCUUCUGCAAGGAAUCCUUUGCGCGGUGUGACAACCUCCGUGAUCACUACAACGACUGCGCUCAACGAGGCGAUCGGAAAAUUCCUGAAACGGGCCAGAGAGGCCGACGGCGCCAUGCUUGUCAAUCAGUACGUCCAUUGACUGGUUUCAGAUGGUACACUCCAACCACGCCAGACGAUCUAGUCCCUUCCUCUGACCGAGGCUCUAUCAAGUUCCUUCUCAACGGAGGCACAGACAGCUUCACAGAACAAUUUCUCCUCCCGCCGCGGAGCGAUCGCACCCGUGGUCUGGAAUACCAUAACCAGCUGGAGGAAGCGGAGCGGUCGCGGCUGGCAUACCCUGUCAAUGAUGAAUCCGGCUACACCCCGGCCUUUGUCGACUCCGACCCUUCCAGCCUCUCGUUCUUCCACGAUACCUUCCUUGACUUCUUCAAUGGGCCCUUUGGCGCCCCGCAAAAAUCCGUGAGCGACCCUUUUAACGGCAUGGUCUUCCCAACGGUCAUUUCGCCGGCGGAUGAUGCGAACUUUGCCUUCGCAGGGGAGCCCAUCUAUGAGCCCGAACGACCCUUUGCGACGGCCAUGAUCCAGGCGAUUCUGGCUCGCGCAUGGUCGGUUCCUCUCGACCCCAAGGCUCAUGAAGAAAUCUCCAUCAACCUCAACUACCUCCUCACAACAGCCCGCAUCCGAAAGUUCGUCGCCAUGUACUUCAAAUACUGGCAGCCAAACUGCCCCAUCCUCCACUACCCGUCAUUUAAUCCAGACACCAUCUCUCUAUACUUACUCGUCUCCGUCACGUUCUUGGGCGCCAUGUACUCGCGAGAUCAGAGGGAGUCUUACGCGGCGAAGCGGCUCAUUGACUUUGCGGAGCUCUAUGUCUUUUCCAGCGAGGUCUUUGCGCCAGAGCACGAGAUCAGUCUGGCGUAUGCUGGAAUUCGCCACGGCGACUGUGACUUCAACCAUUAUCAGUUCCAGAAUCUCCAGGCCGGCUUCAUCAUCUGCGUUGCCCAGUACUGGUCUGGGAGUCCCAUGUCACGCAGUCGGGUAAUGGAGGCUCGGUUCAGCGAGGUGAUCAGGGUAGCGCGUCGAAUGGGCCUGCCAAAGUGUCGUCAUCAGCCGGACGCAAGCGUGGAUGAGCAGACGUGGAUUCAGAAAGAAUGCCGUAUCCGCACCAUGAAUAUUAUCUCGCUUCUUGACUGCGCGUUUUCGUUUUACCAGAACUUCCCGUGUCGACUCCCUCACACCGAGAUGGAAUGCGAUUUCCCCUGUCCCGAGUCUGUCUUCGCCUCGGAACAUCCGUUUGGAGAGCCGAACUUCCGGCUCGCCCGAGAGUACACCAUCUCCGAGGCGUUCCAGUCGUUGUUCGAAGAGCCUGGCUCUCGGGAUACACCGUCAUCCGAGUCGGUCUCGCCGGCGCCAGAGAUCCUGCCCAGUGUGACCGUCUUUGACAUGUUUAUCCUCAUUCAUCUUCUCUACGCAUUCAUCAACGAACACAUGACCCUGCAGAUCCCCCUCCUGCGGUUGACACGGGCUGCGCAAUCGAAUCCCAAAUCUGGCAGCAAGACCCGAUCCCGUACUGCAGGGGUAGCAGAGGACUCGACGCUGGCGUCAAUCCGGACGGCACUCUCCCGAUGGCGGGAACACUGGCAGACGCUAAGAAUGACGGUUACCACGAACGAGUGGGCGGCGAUGGGAUUCUACAAGAACGGGUACAACUUCUGGCUGGUCUCGCAUCUCCUCAUCACCAAGAAGGAGAGCGUCGACGUGAUCAUGCAGAUGGAGGUGAAUUGCGAGGAUAAGCUGGAGCGACUGAAGGUGUUGCUGCAGGAUGAAACGGAUUAA